UACUUGAAGCAGCAGAUCACUUUGCAUUGUUUUGUUAUUAUACACAUAUACAAUAACAAUCAUUAUUUUCUGAGGCGCUGGUCUGAAUAAUGCUCUCGUUACUGCAUGUUCUUUCCGCUCUAUAAAAACGAAUACGUUCGCCUGAACCUUCAGCACGCACGCGCCGCCGGUGUGCGACUUCUGCACACGCCACGCCUCACUGGUUGCCACUGCAUCAGCAAGACAGCAAGGCAUAUCCUGCUGGGCAGCAAUAAUGGCUCACUUCGUCGUCGGCAUCGCGGCGGCGCUGCUCCUUCUGCAGCAGCUGAUGGCCUCGUCGUCGUCCUACCCCAGCAGUGCGGUCCUUGCAGACUCUGUGCUCGGCCGGAAAGCUGGCAUCGUCGUCGACGAGGCGUCGUCGGCGACUGAGAGUUCACCCCCGGGGGCUAGGACUGGGAGGUACGCCGUGAUCUUCGACGCCGGCAGCACAGGGACCCGUGUACACGUCUUCAGGUUCGACAGGAAGCUCGAGCUCCUCGAGAUCGGCGACGACGGCAUCGAGGUGUUCGCCAAGGUGAAGCCCGGGCUGAGCUCAUACGCUGGACAUCCCCAAGAGGCUGCAAAUUCCAUGCUGCCUCUUCUUGACAAGGCCAAGAGCGCCGUCCCUAAACAGCUGACGAAAAGGACCCCGCUUAGACUCGGAGCGACUGCUGGGUUGAGACUUAUCGGAGAGGAGCAAUCAGAGCAGAUUCUCGAAGCAGUCAGGAACCUUAUCCACACUAAGAGCAAAUUUCAGUACAAGCCCGAGUGGAUCAAUGUUAUUGAGGGAUCUCAAGAAGGAUCAUACCUAUGGGUUGCUCUGAAUUAUCUGUUGGAUAAAUUGGGAGGGGACUACUCACAGACAGUAGCUGUGCUUGACAUGGGCGGUGGAUCAGUGCAAAUGGCCUAUGCCGUUUCUGCAAAUGCCGCUGCAAGUGCUCCGGCGCCGACUCAUGGGGAAGACCCCUAUGUUACAAGAGAGUAUCUUAAAGGAAAAGAUUACAACAUCUAUACUCACAGUUACUUGCACUAUGGUGCUUUUGCAUCACGAGCAGAGAUUUUGAAGGCAAAGGAUGGACCAUUCAGCAGCUGCAUGUUACGUGGAUUCAUUGGUCAAUACACCUACAAUGAGGAGCAAUAUGACGCGACUGCCGCGCCGGAAGGAGCAGUCUAUGGCAAGUGCAGGGAAGAGAUCGGCAGAGCACUGAACCUGAACGCGCCAUGUGAAAUGAAGAACUGCACCUUCAAUGGCAUAUGGAAUGGCGGCGGCGGAGCAGGCCAAGGCAGCAUCUAUGUUGCAUCCAGCUUCUACUUCGUGGCCUCAGAGGUCGGCAUCGUAGAUGGCAACGCACCAAGCGGGAACACUACCCCUGGCGCAUUCGGAGCUUCCGCGGAGAAGGCUUGCCAGAUGAGUGUUGAAGAAGCCAAGAUCGAAUACCCAAACGUCAACGAUGUCGAUGUGCCCUACCUGUGCAUGGACCUUGCCUACCAGUAUACUUUGCUAGUAGAUGGCUUUGGUGUGGAGAGGACCAAGGAGAUCACAGUGGUGGACAAGGUGAAGCACGGAGAGUACUACGUCGAAGCUGCAUGGCCUCUAGGCUCUGCUAUUGAGGCUGUGUCGUCAACCAAAGAAUGGCGUCAAGAUAAAUGAUCUGUUGGUCCAAUCUCAUAUGCUAGUAUUGUAUCUGACAUGUACAGUACUGGCACAACUUAUGAAAUAAACGAAAACGUCUGUGGUCUCACGCUAAUAUACGCAUUAAGCACUCGGCAAAGAUGAUUUUGCCGAGUGUCUGUCAA